GACUCCGACAUGCCCGGCGCCGGCUCUCCCGGGGACCCGCAGCAGAAAUCACAUGAUGGCAAUGAUUCAGGCCGACCAUUCCAGAGUGCCAUUUCAUCGUGUGCACCAAGUGUUCCUUAUCGGACAACCAAAAGUGUGGAUUCGAGUGACGAAAGCUUUUCUGAAUCUGAUGAUGACAGCUGUCUGUGGAAACGAAAACGACAGAAAUGUUUCAGCUUUUCUCCUGCUAAAUCUGAGCCUUUUCAGCUUAGCCAAGGCCACCAAAAACAAACUGCUCUAGGUGGCAAGAAGGUCAACAACAUUUGGGGUGUGGUGCUCCAGGAGCAGAAUCAGGAUGCAGUGGCUACUGAACUUGGGAUUCUAGGCAUGGAUGGUAGUAUUGACAGAAGCAGGCAGUCUGAGACUUACAAUUAUUUAUUGGCUAAAAAGCUGAUGAAGGAAGCUCAGCAAAAGGAGGCAGAGACUUUAGAUAAAGAACUGGAUGAAUACAUGCAUGAUGACAAGAAACCACUGCCAGCAGAAGAAGAAAAUGGGCAAGGCCUUCUCAAACGGAAGCGGCCUGUAAAAGAUAGACUGGGUGAAAGACAAGAAAUGAAAUAUAAAGGAAGGUAUGAGAUAACAGAAGAAGAUUCUGAGGAAAAAGUGGCAGAUGAAAUUGCUUAUCGGCUUUGUGAGCCAAAGAAAGAUUUAAUUGCCCGAGUGGUGAAAAUAAUUGGGAAAAGAAAAGCUAUUGAACUGCUUAUGGAAACAGCUGAAGUGGAACAAAAUGGUGGACUGUUCAUAGUGAAUGGAACUAGGAGGAGAACACCAGGGGGCGUUUAUUUAAACCUGCUGAAGAACACACCUAGCAUCAAAGAAGAGCAAAUCAAGGAAAUAUUCUAUCUGGAAAACCAAAAGGAGUAUGAAAACAAAAAAGCUGCUAAGAAGAGGAGAAUUCAAGUUCUAGGAAAGAAGAUGAAAAAAGCCAUUAAAGGGCUUAACCUGCAAGAGUAUGAUGAUGCGUCUCGUGAGACUUUCGCUAGUGAUACAAAUGAGGCUCUGGCUUCCCUGGAUGAUCUACAGGAGGGGCAUCAUGAAGCAAAGAUGGAACCUGAAGAUAUUAUUGAAAUUGAUAAUGCUCAUGAUUUGGAGAUCUUCUAGUUACUAAUGUUCUUGAUAACAAAGUCUCUGUAAAACAUACUAAUUGAGCUGUUCUUACAGUCCCGUGGUUUCUUGUUUUUGUAAGAUGCAGAAACAUGGGAAAUAUUUGAUGCUGAAGAAAAUUACAUAAUUCUUAGCUAAAUUAAACAGCAUGAAAGAUGUUGUCAUAUUAUUUGUUUUCAAAACCUUCUAAGAUUUUUCUUAACAGCUCUGCAUCACCAUGUUUGUUCAUUAGGAACUUUUUUUAGCCACAUGUUAGGUUUAGGAAUUAAGGCUAUGUUUUAACCAAGCACACAUCUAAUUUGCUGAAGCUAACAAUGUCAUCAAGUGAGCAAUGCUCUUAUUAUAGUUAAACGGAAAAAACAGUAUAAAGUUAGUCUUGAUAUAUAAAAGAUUGUGUGUUCUUAGUACGGCAGUCUGUUGGCAAGGAUAGCAGUGUUUGUAGGAUUAAGACCUGUAAAAACAGAUUGGUUUGUGAAAUACACUUAAUUUUAAGGGUCAGUGACCUUUAAAUAACAACCCUGUAAAUAAGCACUGUUGAACAAUGUAUGUUUCGAAUUUCUGCAGCAGUUUAAUUAUUCGUAUUACAGUAGUGGCUUGAGCUUCCUACCUCUUCUGUCUAUACUUUUUCCAUUAUUAGACCCACAAUUUGCGCAGAUCUUUUUGUUUGCAAACAAAUACCACUGAAUACUUUUUCAGUAGUGGGAUUUUACAAAUCUGCGUUCCCCUCAAGGGUCUGAGUCUCUACAUGCAGGUAUAAACCCUUUACCUUGCAAUUCUUUUUUCCAUGCUGCUUCUUAUAUGUGUGGUAGGGUAAAAUAAUGUACGGCUUGCACAAGUUCUAAAGUUUUUCUACGCUGACUCUAACAAAAACAAUAGUAUGUAAAAGAUAACUUUUUUACAUAAGGAAGAAGACUGUUGUGUAGUUUCUAAGUUCAAUUGAAGACUUUUAUGUUGAAUGUUAUUGAUAUAACCGAAGAACAAGUGUGGCACUGGUCUGUAUGAUGUCUAAAAUACUUUUGUGUUUUCUGUGACUAGAUGCUAUUUUCUAGCUAUUUCCAGAAAUUAAUAUUUCUGAAAUAUUAAUUCAUUAACUCACUUUCAAACCCAACAACAAACUUAGGUAUGUAAGUGUUGUUUACCUGGAGUCCUUGGAUUUCAGAAGCAAAGCAUAUCACUGAAACACAAAAUGAAGUUAUAAUAUUGAACAAUUCAGUCCUGUCAAGAGCUGGUAUUUCAGUGAUUACAAUAUUCAAAGAAAGUUCUUAAACAUGUAACACGCUCCAUGAUAUGCUUUAUUAGAUUUAAUGAGAGUUUUGACUUUUCUGCAUUUUUCUGUUCAUGUGCUGGAGCUCCCUGUUGUUAAGAAGUUACUCCUCAGGUGUGAAGAAUGCCUUUGCUCCUGCUGAAAUAACAAAAGGUUUUGAUUUGUUCGUUAACUUUCCUAACAAACCUAUGAUGGCCAAGAGUACUAAACUGAUAGUUCAUUUGAGAGAAACAGGAUUUUGUACUGCUUAAUUAGUUUGCGGCUGUACCAGUUGAUCCUAGUUUUGGGAGCUGCUUGGGACCGUCUUAACAAUUUCCUGGAUAGAAUCAGCAGAUUUUAAUGGUGGUUUAAGUAAUUUUUUUAUUGUUAUAUAACUUGCUGCUAGUAAGCUCUGUGUAAUUUUUAGAUGUUAAUAUUUUUAACAUUCAUUUUCCAGGUAAAGGGUAUUGAAACAAUUUAUAGUCUCUUCCUUAAAAAGGAAGAUGAUGCAGAGUGCCCAUUCCUCUUUCUAGUGUCUGAUUAACUGACCUUUGCUUGUCUUCUGGUUUUUCCUUCUCUUUUUUUGUGUAUUUUCUUUGGCUUUCAACAAGAGUCCUUUCAAAAGGAAGCCUCUUCAAAACAUUGAGCAAGCCUUCAUGCCUCUUUUACCAGUGGUGAAAGUUACUGUUGGUGUCAAAAAGAUUGCAUGAAGCAGCACCAGUUUUUGUGUCUGCAGUGGAGCUUUGGUUUGUUACUGGAGUGGCAGGGCUGGUCCUCCCAGCUCGGCAGCCUGGUGUGCCCCCCAGCCCUCUUCUCUGGGGUGUACCUGCUGGUGGCAGCCUGGCAGAGGCCACCUCAUGAGUCUGUGUGUGACAGCUUGAGGCUUGUGUCAGCCAGCCUUGGGUUGAGCAUGGGCAGUGCUGGAGCUUUGGGGUCUGGUGCAGUAACACUACAGUUUCUCCAGGGACUGAUGCAAGGGUGAGAAGGCACAGGCUGUGGCACUCCUGCAUGUUGCUGUGGGUCUGGCUUUGUAUCCGACUGAGGUUGCUGGAAGGUGUUGAGAUAGAUACAGCAGUGGUCAUUUUCGUCUUCCUCAUCAAACAGUAUUGCAUUCCUCCUCCUCUGUUUUCUUCCCUCAAAACUACUGCAAGAGUAGGAAGCGCGGGUAAGGCUAGAGGUUAUCAUUCCCAACUCCCACAUACUCCAUUUGUUUAGUCUGUCCUGAGCUGAUACUUGCAGAGAGAGCAGCUUUGUGGUGCUUGUUGGUCCACUGGGGCUUGCCACUGAACUGGAUUGUGUGGGUUGUCUUUUGUCUGGGAACAGAUAUGCCUGGCUGUUCAGAUCUUAGUGGCUGAGGUUUUAAAGACAAAAAUGCAGAUACAAGGGUUGGGAUGUUUGUGUUCUUGAGUUUCUCUGAUGUGCAGGUGUGAUAGAGGCAUCAUCUUUACUGUGAGUGUUGACUCUGUGCUGCCAGGACAAAUAUUGCCCUGUGUCCCUUAAGCUACAGCAGCAUAAUAAGCCACCUCUGUCAUGCCUGAAGCAGAUGGUGAAAAUGAGGGAAACGCACUCUGGUUUGAAAACACAAAGCUUGUUUGUAACCAAAGACAUUUUUCUUCCUUAUGUCCCAAAUUCAAAUAAUAAAUCAAUGGGUUUUGGUAUUACAGGGAAAACUAGUUUAUUAAUGAUUUGGUUUUAUAGUGGAUCGUGAAAGCAUCACUUUAAUAACAAUAUUACAGAUUACCUUCCCCUUCCAAGUAGAUGAUCUCAUUAAAAUGUUUUUAUGUCCUCCAGGCUUAUUAACAGCUAUUUGCCAAAAUCCUCAAGCAAGCAUGGAAUGACCCAGUGCUUAUUGCAAUGCCUUGGAGAGAAGACACGGAGAAUAUUUUGAAUUUAAAGAUAGUGACAGUGGUAGAAAGUGUUUUUGUACUGUAUACAACUUAAUAGUUGUCCCAUAUUCCCCAAGAUACUGCUGGGUAUCUGCAGCAACUCGUAUUGAGUUCAGUUCCAGGUAUGAAGCCAGACAGCAAUGCUUUGCUAUUCUCUCUGUACCAUUGCCAUAGUGCUAGCAGAUUUUAUCCUGAAGCUUGUUACUGUCUAAAACAUGUCUAAAUCUUUCUGUUUUUCUUUAUUUUGAUCAUAAUUUAAAAAAAAAAAAAAAGUGACACUGUCUCCUUUAUGUUACGAGAAGCAGCUCAUAACAGCAGGGCUCUGGUUUCUCAAAGAUCUGUGAGGAGCCGAAGAGGGGACGGGAAGGGGGAAAACAGCAAUAAGUUAUAAAGGUCAUGUGAAAAGUAAAUGAGAUGGAGAGAAUGAACAUUAAUUGUGACAAUUGCUGUUACAGAGAAGUUGAAUUCCUGGUAGUUUGUCAAAGCAAAGGUGUGGAGUGGUUGACUGGGUAAUAAAGAAAAUUAUGAGGUUUUUUAA